AACGUCUUCGUGGAAUUUACUUUGAUCCCGCGUUGCUCGAUUUCUUUCUGCACGUAGAUCCAUUAAUAUUAACGACUUUGCUAAUUGAUUAUAUAUUUAAAACGCAUUAGACUCACUCCUAAAUGAAACACUUUCUUCGAACAAUAUUGUGUUGAAGCUAUAGGUACUUACAAUAAUAAUUAUAAUUAACGGUAUUAUUUAUCUGAUAUGAAUUGUUUUCAAGUUUGUGUUUGUUUUGUAGUUUGCUUUGAAAUCCAGUUGACAUCUUCUGAAGAUGAAAUAUUUUCAUAUUCCUCCAUUUAUUAUGACCCAGCGACCAAGCAACCCAGUAGGCUGACUUCCGUCGAAAAUGUGCUGGUAGGACCGAAGUACGUAACAAAAAAUAACCUAAUUGUUCCAAAAAAAGUAAUAAGACGGAUCGGGUUUCGCAGCAAUGGUUGCACCUGUCAAAAUAUGAUAUGCGGUUGCUGCAUGGGAAUAAAUUUAAACCAGUUUAAUUUCAAUAGGGAAGGUUGCAUGAAUUUCACUUAUGAUCCAGAUGAAUUUGCUAUAAAUAUGAAUGUACUAAUGAAUAAUAACAACGUGUACUCCAAUUCUUUCUCAGCUAAAAAUCCUCCACCCCUGUGUAUCCCAAUCCCGAUUCCUUAUAUUCCUAUUCAAGUAGCCGCCUGCGCAAAACUCUUCGACAUUUACACGCCUGGUCAGAAUUUACACAUGUGUUUGGAUUUCGAAACGAGGAUUCAACAAGCGACCGUGCUCGUCUUGCACUUUGACUGCAUAAGAUUGGGAGCUGAUGGAGCGGCCUUGCUAAAGCCCGAGGAUGGUUCAGGCCUUCCAAAUCGUCCGAUCGACGCCGAGCAGAUAGAUGGCGAUAUUUACGAUGAAGUGACUGAAACGAAAUAUACCAAUAAAGAUAGAAAUAAAAUAAAUUAGAUGAUAGUAUAGUUAUUUAAGAUAUUUAUAAUUACAAAAUAAAUUUGAAUAACAUUCGU